UCGUUACAACUCCGUUCAAGUCUAGAAGUGGGUUUUGGAUUCUUGGUUUUUGAUUGUCGUUCGAACUUUGGUUGACCUCUUUGGUUUUUAGUAUAUAGCUAUGGCGUCUUCUCUGAGGAAUGGUUUCUCUGUUCAUGGGUCGAAUCAUAUUGAAUUGAAAACAAAUAGGGUUCGUUUUUGUCCCACUAUGGGUUCUUUGCAGUUUAUAUACUCAAAACCCUCAAAUCUCCCGGCUUUGAAGAGCAAAUUUAAAGGAACACAAGUGUGUGUUUCAGAUAAGAGGGCUUUGGACGAUUGGACUCCCAUAGGCACUUCAAAGUUCUCUGUCAAUGCAUUAGUCGGUGUCAGCCGAGCUAUGAGAUGGUGGGAGAAAACCCCCAAACCCAACAUGGUAGAGAUUAAAUCGGGACAAGAACUCGUCGAUGCACUGUCGAAUGCGGGAGAUAGGCUUGUUAUAGUCGAUUUUUACUCCCCUGGUUGUGGAGGUUGCAAAGCCUUACAUCCCAAGGUUUGCCUGCUUGCUGAGUCGAACCCAAAUGCCCUGUUUCUCAAAGUCAAUUACGAAGAGCUCAAAACGGUGUGUCAAAGUCUCAAAGUCCAUGUACUCCCCUUCUUCCGAUUUUACAGAGGAGCAGAGGGUCGUCUCUGUAGCUUCAGCUGCACCAACGCAACUAUCAAGAAAUUUAAGGAUGCAUUGGCAAAACAUGGGACUGACCGAUGUAGUCUGGGGCCAGUUAAAGGUCUGGAUGAGUCUGAGCUAUUGAUGUUGGCUUCAAAUCGCCAGAUUUCGAUUGAUUUGCCUUUGAAAUCCACAGGCGAGAAACCAGUGGAGGAUUUGGAUCUAAAAAGGAAAAUCAUUUCAGUUGAUAAGAAGGCAGUCCAUAAAGAAGAAAAUGCUUCAUUGGUAGCAUGAAUAAGCCAUUACCAAGCUUGAUUUAGCCAAAUUGUGGAAUAGAGCUACUCUACUUUUGCCUCUUUUUU